GAGAGAGAGAGAGAGAGAGAGAGAGAGAGAGAGAGAGAGAGAGAGAGAGAGGAGAACGGCCUCGUGGCACGCCUCGUGGUCGCCUCGCUUCACGAGCGAGCGUACUGAUUAUCUCUCUCUCUCUCUCGUCACGGUAACCCGGCGGAUACGAUGAGACUCUUCUCCGGGAACGAGGAAAAUGUGACGUGAGAGACUGGCCUUCGGCGGGUCCUUCGGCGAGUGCGACACGCUCUGCGACGCGACGCAGUCAGUACGCGGGCGCGGGUCAUCCUGCAAAAUGACCGCCGCUCCUCCGGCGAGGAUGCUUCCGUCGACGGCGGCGGUGUGCUGCUGGCUCCUGGUGGCGCUCGGUGUCGGCCAGGUCGCCGGACAAUUAUUGGACACGGAGUUCCAGCCGACGGUGACGGCGACGUGCAAAGGCGGCCACAUGACGAUCCGCGUCAACCUCAAUCAGAGCUUCGUGGGCGCGGUUCAUGCCCGGGAUCAUCGGACCCCGCAGUGCAUGGUCUCAGGCAAUGGCUCCACGCAGGCCACUUUGGGCAUCAACCUAUUCGCGGCCAACGAUAGUCCCGAGUACUGCGGAGUCCUCGUGAACAACCACACGGAAGAACGCUCCAUUCCCAUCGCUGUUAGGAUACACAAGACCCUGGAACUGGCGGACGACAAGUUUUACGUCAUCACGUGCGGGAAGGCGGGCUUCAAGAACGCCAAAAAUGAAACUUCGCUGGUUUCCCUGCGCCUCUUGGACGGAGGCGUCAGAGUGCAAGAAGCUGUAUACGGUCACAACUAUACGAUGCGUGCCGAGAUUUCACGCCCAGACGGAAUGUACGGGAUUCGAGUCAAAAAUUGCGUUGCGUUCAACAAGCUCAAUUCCAGCGUGCCGCUCAUAGACGACAAAGGCUGCCCCGUGAGGGCUCUGGUGAUGACGAAAUUCAUAUACGAUCGGAGCACCGGCAUGGCGGAUGCCACAUUGUUCUCGAUGUUCCGGUUUUCCGACAGCUCAGAGGUGCAUUUCCAAUGCGACAUCGCAGUGUGCAGAGGAAGCUGCGGCAUCCCCAUUUGUGAAGGAGACAAAGAGGAGCUGAUAAAGGGUGGCUCCUCCACUAACGGGCAGAGUGUUAGUGGCGAAGAGGGAGUGCUGCUCGCCGGGACGAGUGUUUUUGUUCUCAAGCCGGGCGAACAACGAGUUGUACAAACACUGCACGAUGACGGCAGCGUGCACCCGCUGUGGCUGCUGUGGCUCGCGGUCGCGCUCGGGAUAUUAUUCCUCAUCAUGCUCAUUAUCAACAUAUUCCUGUGUUCGGCGAUGACCUGCAGCUGCACCCGGACCGACAUCAUCGAGAAGGAGCCGUCGAUCAUCGAGGAUUACGACCCGUACCGCAGCUGGCACGGUUCUCAAUACGGGUAUUCGUUAAACGGCAAGCAGGGCUACGCCUCCGGGGGAUCCACCAUGAACUCCACGAGGUCGAUAUCGACCAACAGCGAUCACUACGCGAUAGUGCACUCUCGACCGGGCAGCAGAUAUUCCGGCCCCGGCCAGAAGCACCAUCACCAUCACAGAGGACCGCCGUCCAACAUCGGCUCGCACUACUCUGGGAAAUGAUGGCCGCCUUAGCUUCGUUUAUCGAAUGAAUCUAGAACUCACUCUCUCUCUCUCUCUCUCUCUCUCUCUUCGUUGUCUUCAUUAACGUUUACUUUCAUUCAUCAUACGAAUUCGUACGCGUCGCUGCUGCGGCACUCAUACGAUCGCACGAGUCGCGGGCGUUCGGUUUUCGAGCGCGAAAUUACCGACGCAUCUCGAAGGAGACUCUGCUGGCCGUCGAGGCGACGUUCAACGACGUAUCGACGUUUUCUUGAGCUCGUGUCGCUCGACCGACGGAUCCCUCGUGGUGUCUACCGCAAUCGUGCGUGAAUCGUUUACACUCCGUCGCUUUGAUAUUCGCAUGCAAUCGAUUCGUAAUAAAUGGCGUAGAAGAGUGACGCAUUCGUGAUUGACGGCCUGAAAAUAUUAUGCAAUAACAGUGCAAUAGCAACAUGUGCGUUUUAUGUAACGCGAGGAUACGCAGAGGAUCAAGAAAAUGUCGAUACAUGAGAUCCGAUACCUCAGUAACGACGUUGAUUUAAGCUUCGCGACAAUCCGAAGUUCAUGCCUCGAGAGAAUAGAAUUAUGUCAUGCUCCGAUUAUCAUACUGUGUAUUCGUUAUUUGUCCCACGGGACAUUUUACUCGAUAAUCUCGCGUCUUGUUGACGAUAUUAAUAUCAGCGGCAAUAAGCAAUGUGAUUAAUUCGGGACCAAGUAUAUUAACGAAAUAAAACUCUCUAUACGUCAGCACGAUUAUUAUUAUAUAUAUAUAUAUACAUAUAUAUAUAUAUAUAUAUAUAUAAAAAACACUGCAUGCAUCUCUAUACGUCGAAACUUUUAUACCUAGCCUUAUGAUUCGUCAGACGAUUCUCGCGCUUGGACACUGCGUAUGUAUCAUAUAAUAAUAUAAUAGUCAUCAACUAUAGGCACACACUAGCAUCUACGAAACUGCGGAAUAUUCUGCGGAUCUUAAUUAAGAUAUGACUAGUUAAAUGCUUUUUGUACAUAAAUCCAUUAAUCGAAAGACAA